AUGAUUUCAGCGAAGAUGAAACAUCUUUGGCCGUUGGUGGUGUACAUAAUAUUAUCAAUAUGUCCCGCCGACUCCGUGAGAGGAGUUGGACGAGGACCAAAAAGAGAAGUAUUUUUUCUAAAUUUAGAAGACGGUUACUUCGGCUGUCAAGUAAACGCCUCGACAGAUGUACUCCAAUUAUUGGAACUCUCGAGACUUUGCGAUGGAAAAAACGAUUGUUACGAAGGGGCCGACGAAGCUCGACAAAUACUCAAAUGUUCAGAUGAGAACGAGUGUAAAUACAGGCCCUGUGAUAUUUUUGCUCACUGUACGAAUACUCUAGGUGGUUUCCACUGCUCUUGUUACCCUGGUUACCGGGGAGAUGGCUUCACCUGCGAAGACAUAAACGAAUGCGAAGAUCCGACACUCGCGUCCCGAUGCGUCGCUAAUGCCGAGUGCUGCAAUUUGCCGGCUAAUUUUCUCUGCAAAUGCAAGCCCGGGUACAGAGGCGAUGGUGAGGUACACUGCGAGGAUAUUGAUGAGUGUCAACUUCCACACUCUUGUGGAGAAAAUUCACUUUGUCAUAAUGUACCUGGUAAUUUUACGUGCACAUGUCCGCAAGGUUUUACGGGGAAUCCCUACGAAAAUUGUUACGACAUAAAUGAGUGCGAUAAUCCAGGAAGUUGCGGGCAUAAUGCCCACUGCAUUAAUUUACCGGGUGGCUAUCGGUGCGAGUGUCCAGAAGGAUUUGAAGGGAAUCCUGAGGAUCACUGCCACGACGUUGACGAGUGUGUUCGAAGUCCAUGUGGUCGAUCAGCCUUGUGUACGAACGUCGACGGGGGUUUCAAGUGUCACUGUCCUGAUGGCAUGGACGGUGAUCCAUUCACUGGCUGCAACGAUAUCAACGAGUGCGAGUCGAACGACUUGUGCGGUAAGGACUCGAGCUGUGUAAACACUCCUGGAGGAUUUGAAUGCCAAUGUCUUUCUGGAUAUCAAAGAGAUCCAAUUCUAGGUUGCACUGAUAUUAAUGAGUGCCUGCGUGACAAUGCUUGUGCACCAAACGCAAAGUGUAUUAAUAUUUAUGGAUCGUAUACAUGUGUGUGCCCUCAAGGUUUCACGGGACACGGACUCAUUUUAUGCGAGAAUGUUAAUGAAUGCGAGAAAAAUCCCUGCGGCGAUAAUUCCGAGUGUGUGGAUACACUUGGAAGCUACCUGUGCCGAUGCAACCAGGAUUACACCGGCGACCCUUUCAAAGGCUGCACUGAUAUCGAUGAGUGUAAUGGACCAACCAAUCCGUGUGGAGUUAAUGCAGUCUGCAGAAAUUCCGUUCCUGGAUUCACUUGCGAGUGUCCUCCUGGAUACAGUGCCAAUCCUAGUCCUUCGGUUGCUUGCGAUCAGACGGACGUAACAACCCUGUGUAAGUCAAACUUCGACUGCGUGAACAACGGCGAGUGCAUAGAGGGCCAGUGCUUCUGCAAGGACGGAUUCAAGGCCGUUGGAGCGGAGUGCGAGGACCUCGAUGAGUGCGCAACGAACCUAUGCGGGCCGUCUUCAGUGUGUAUUAACACCCGAGGAAGUUAUCACUGCUCCUGUGAGACCGGUUUCGUUGGAACACCGCCGCAAAUACCCUGCAAAGCUCCAUGUGAUGAAGUUACCUGCAGCGAGCAUGCCUUCUGCAAACCCGAUGGACACGAGGCCUACUGCAUCUGCGAGGAUGGUUGGACCUUCAAUCCGAAUGACAUCGCCGCUGGUUGCGUUGAUAUCGACGAAUGCGACCCGGUGAACGGACCUUCUGGUCGAUGUGGUAAAAAUUCUAUAUGUACCAACACGCCUGGUGGUUUCAGUUGUCAGUGCAAGCCCGGUUACUCUGGCAAUGCCUUCAAGCAAUGCAUGGACGUAGACGAGUGUGCAAGGCCUGACGCCUGCGGUCAUGGUGCCACUUGCACCAAUACCAAUGGUGGAUAUACAUGCGCUUGUCCCGAGGACACGAUACCUGAUCCGGAUCCUUAUACCAAGUGCGUUGGAGUUGUCACCUGCGAAGCUGAUGCUGACUGUCCUGGUAAUGCUAUUUGCGACCUGGCUAAGAGGUGUCUUUGUCCUGAGCCUAAUAUUGGAAAUGAUUGUCGACACCCUUGUGAAGACGUAUCUUGCGGGCCGAACGCCCAUUGUAUGAUCCUAAACGACAUAGCUACUUGUCUAUGCAGCAACGGCUUCACGGGUAAACCGGGCAUAAAGAGUGGUUGUACGGAUAUAGAUGAAUGCGCAGUAAAUCCUUGCCCACCUGGAGCAGUAUGUAACAAUGAAGCGGGUUCAUUCUCCUGUCAAUGUCCAAGCGGUACCACCGGAGAUCCUUACAACGGCGGGUGCAAGGAAACAGCAGUUCCCCACGUAUGUGGUCCGAAUUCGCCUUGUCCAGCCGGCGAGCAGUGUGUAAAAGAUGAAUUCGUCGGUAGCAACGUGUGCAUUUGCCAGCAGAGAUACACCCGAGAUCCCGAAACCGGAAAAUGUCGUGACGUUAACGAAUGCCUGGAGCACCGGGAGAAGCCACCCUGUGGCGUAAACGCGAUAUGUAAGAACCUUCCAGGAAGUUACGACUGCCAGUGCUUGCCCGGGUUCCACGGUAAUCCGUUCACCCUCUGCGAGGAGUGCAACAGCAUAGAGUGCCAAUGUCAGCCGCCUUAUAAGAUCGUAAAUGAUAAAUGUAUGCUAGCGGGCUGUUCAGGAGGUGAACCGUGUCCAAAGGGUGCCGAGUGUAUCACGAUAGCCGGCGGAGUGAGUUAUUGCGCGUGUCCUAAAGGCUACAGCACCCAACCAGACGGCUCCUGCGAAGAUAUAAACGAGUGUACAGAAGGUCGUCAAGUUUGCGGCUACGGAGCCGAAUGUAUUAAUCGUCCAGGAUCUUACGAGUGCGUUUGUCCGCACAAUUACGGUGGAGAUCCCUACAAUGGAUUGUGCUCUCCAGCGCAAAAAAGAUGCACAAGUGAUAACGAAUGCAAAGCGAAUGAAAAAUGCGUCCAACCUGGCGAGUGCGUUUGUCCUCCGCCUUUCUACACCGACGCCUUGGAUGGAAAUCACUGCAAAAACCCCUGCGAUAGGUUCCCCUGUGGGAUGAACGCCAAGUGCACGCCCAGCGACCCUCCGAGGUGCAUGUGCGAGACCGGUUACGAGGGAGAUCCCCAGCACGGGUGCGUUGACGUUAACGAAUGCAUCAACAAUCCCUGCGGCCACGGCGCUUACUGCCUGAACAAUCGCGGCGGGCAUAUCUGCGAGUGUCCCAAGGGUUCAGUGGGCGAUCCUUACGGUUCCGGGUGUACUGGUGGAAUCCAACCACGGCAAGAAUGCUCAACCAACAAUGACUGCGAGAAUUACCUAGCUUGUGUCCAAGGGAGCUGCGUUAAUCCUUGUGAUAACGUCCCGUGUGGUCCCAAUGCCUAUUGUGAGCCAGACAAACACGUCCCUUGGUGCAGAUGUGUCGUGGGAUUCACCGAGGGGAACAAUAAUGAAUGCGUUUCGCAAUGCGACGGCUUUGUUUGCGGAGCUGGCGCUCAGUGCAUUGUUUCUUACGAUGGUCCCACUUGCAAAUGCAUCGAAGGGUUCAUGGGAAAUCCUUUCCCGGGUGGCCAAUGUGUUCCUGACGUCUGUUCCCCUGAAGUUCCGUGCGCUGAACCCAGUGUUUGCAUUGGCGGAAGGUGCAAGCGAAGGUGCGAGGGCGUAGUUUGUGGAAUUGGCGCGAGUUGUGAUCCCCAGACCAAUAAGUGCGUUUGCAAUCCUUACUUUGUUGGAAAUCCUGAUCUGCUUUGCAUGCCACCGAUUGAACCUCCGAAAUGUGAACCUUCUUGCGGAGACAACGCGCACUGCGAGUACGACGUCGCUGGGUUCAAGUGCGUUUGCAAUCCAGGAACAACUGGAAAUCCUUAUCAAGGAUGUGGCGCUCAGAAGAAAUCAGAGUGUACUAACUCAAUUUGUGGAAAAGAUGCUAAUUGUCACGCUGGACCAAAUGCGAUUGAGUGCGUUUGUCCUCCGGGAUUCGCCGGUAAUCCUUAUAUUCAGUGUCAUGACAUCAAUGAGUGCAGCGGAAACGCUUGUGGAAGUAACGCAGUGUGUCUUAAUACCAUCGGCAGUUAUGAUUGCAGGUGCAAAGAAGGAUUCUUUGGAAAUCCUUUCGUUGGGUGUUUAGCUAUCGAAUCUGGACCUUGUACGGAUCCAACGACUUGUCGCUGCAGUAAUGAAGUUCCGUGUCCUUAUAGUCACACAUGCGUUGAAGGAAGCUGCGUUAACAAGUGCAGUAGCACCCAAUGUGGUCCCAAGGCUGAUUGCCAGGACGGAAAUUGUAUCUGUCUGUCAGGAUACAUCGGAAAUCCUCAUGAUUUGGUGAAAGGAUGUCAUCUCAAAGCUCACUGCUCCAAUGAUCUUGAUUGCGAGUCGCAGCAGAUUUGUUUCCAAGUUGGAAAAGGCGUGAGGAAGUGCGUAGACGCUUGUAGUAAGCUUCAGUGCGGUCCUAAUGCACUUUGUGUGACGCAGAAUCAUGUGUCUUCUUGCAUUUGCAUUGAUGGGUACUUUGGAAAUCCGAGUAAUCUUGUGGACGGAUGCCAACCUGAUAGAUCAAUUGCUCCGCCAGUUUGUUCGCGAGAUUCCGACUGCGCUGAGGGUUACUUCUGCAUUUUGCUAGACAAUGGGAUCCAUGACUGCAUCAACCCUUGUAGUAAAGUAGUAUGUGGUGCUUACCAACACUGCGAACCUGAUGGAAGUGGUCACGCGACUUGCAAGUGCCAGGAUGGGUACGAAUGGAAUCCCGUGAGUUCAAACUGCGAGAAGCCAUCAGUGCCUGAUUGUAUCGCGGAUAGUGAUUGCCAUUCUACAGAAGCUUGCAGGCCAGACGCUUUGGGAGUUCUGAAGUGUAUUCCAUCUUGCAAAUCAUUCACCUGCCCGCUGAAUUCCCAAUGUGUCGCUAACAAUCAUCAAGCAGCCUGCGAAUGCCUCUUAGGAUUCGUAGGAAAUCCAAAUGACCGGCAAGGCUGCCAGAGCGCUAGGCAAAACAGGUGUUCUACUGAUUCCGAGUGCUCAGAAGACCAAACCUGCAAGACUUCCAACGACGGGGCGUUACUUUGUCUCCCGGUUUGUGACUUUGUUACUUGCGGGCCUGGAGCAAUCUGCGUGGUUAACAACCACGUUGCUAACUGCGAGUGUCCUCCAGGAUUAUACGCCGGAGAUCCUAAUGGAGCAAACGGAUGUAAACCAGUCCCGUGUGUCUAUAAUAUCGACUGUCCGCCUACUCAAUUGUGCGACCGUCUUAGUCACACUUGUCACGACGUUUGCGAAGAAAACGCCUGUGGAACUAACGCAGUGUGCAUUGCAAACGACCAUCGCGCGGUCUGCCAAUGUCCGCCGGGUUUCAAAGCGAAUCCAGUAGCCGAUGUAGAGUGUGUGGGCGUAGAAGCUUGUAAUCCGAACCCUUGUCAUCCUACGGCGAUUUGCGUGGUAGGAGCUGCCGAUUCUCCGGUUUGUCAAUGCCAACCUGGUCAAGUGGGAGAUCCUUAUGGUUCUGGGUGCCAACCAGAGGGCUCGUGUGUCUCCAACAAAGAUUGUCCCAAGCAAUCAGUGUGUCAGAACCACCGCUGCAUAAACCCUUGCGAAGACGCCUGUGGGAAGAACGCGAUAUGCGAGAUAAUAAACGGCGAGCCGAUUUGCCGAUGUGUUAAUCGAUUUGUUCCUUCGGUAGAAGGCCCGCAGAACGGAUGCGUGCGUGGAACUAAUUAUUGCCUCACUUCAGCUGACUGUGACGAUGGUAAUUGUCAUGACGGGCAGUGCCGGGCCGUUUGUAGAUCCACCGACGACUGCGCGCAGGGAGAGAAGUGUGUCAACAGUGUUUGCUCGGUUCCUUGCGUUACUCCCAGCCAGUGUCAAGCGGAUCAGACUUGUCACAACGGAGCAUGCAUCCUGGGCUGUCGCAACAGCAAGAGCUGUCCCUCGGACCAAUCAUGCAUCAAUAAUAGGUGUCAGAAUCCUUGUUCGCUGAAAGAAAACGUCUGUGGAGCGAACGCUAUCUGCAACUGCAUCGAUCACGCGACUUCUUGCUCAUGUCCUGCGGGCUUCUCUGGGAAUCCAACACCUCAGCAAGGUUGCGUGCGAGUCCCCAACGUCUGCCAUUCGAACGAAGACUGUCCGGCUCAACACUUCUGCGAUAAAGGAUUUUGUCAGUAUACGUGUUCUUCUAAGAACGAUUGCGCUCAAGGCGAACGCUGCAAGAAUGGCUACUGCGCUAAAGUUUGCUACGGGAACGGAAACUGCUUGCCAGGAGAGCUUUGUGUUGAUGGAAGCUGCGAGAUUGGGUGCACUUCUGACACUGGGUGCCGCGCUGACGAAGUUUGCAUCAACGGAAAGUGCAAAUGCAGCCACGGGUUCAUCGCUGGGCCUGAUACUUGCUUGGACAUCAAUGAGUGCGAAGAACAUCCUUGCCACCCUAGCGCAGAGUGUAUCAACCUUCAUGGGACUUACAAGUGCGUCUGUCCUCAAGGAACUGCUGGAGAUCCGGUUGGUACAGGUUGCUUGACGCCGCACCAGUGUGAGAACCAUCAUGAUUGUCCGGAUUCGCAGUCUUGCAUCCACUUCAGCUGCGCGGAUCCUUGCAGCCUCGUCGAUUGUGGGCCUAAUACGAUUUGUUCGGUGAUAGAUCACGUUGCGGGAUGUCAAUGCCAGUCGGGAUACAUCGGAGACGCUUCGGGAUGCUUCAAAGUUGAGUGUCUUUCAGACAAUGAGUGUCCUAAAGACAAGUACUGCAAUUUGGAAAGCAACAAGUGCGCCAGUCCUUGCAACAGAGUCAACUGCGGGUACGGAAUCUGCAUAGCAGUGAAACACAACGCAGUUUGUCAAUGUCAUCCAGGGUACGGAUUGAUUGGAGACACUUGCCUGGACGUUGAUGAAUGCCUGGACCAUCCUUGCCACUCUACUGCAGUUUGCCAGAACACUGAAGGUUCCUUCUACUGCUCUUGUCCGCAUGGUCUCGUUGGAGAUCCCAUUGGUCUAGGUUGCAAGCUUCCAGGUGAUUGUUUCGCUGACAAUGACUGCCCUAAUUCCGCGUCUUGCAUUGACAAUACCUGCAGGAAUCCUUGCGAUAUUCCGAAUACUUGCGGUCAUAAUGCAGAAUGUCUUGUCCGGAACCACGUUCCGGAGUGUCGCUGCGCUGGACAAAGCUCCGGAAACCCCAAAAUUGAGUGCAUUAGGUUCGAAUGUAACUACCACAGUGACUGCGGAGCUUCUCAUGCUUGCUUCGACCACAAAUGCGUGGAUCCUUGCUCGGUUCCAAAUGUAUGUGGUCAAGGAGCUGAUUGUUCUUCGCUGAAUCAUUCAGCGGUGUGUACCUGCCAACCUGGAGGGACUGGAGACCCUAAUUUAGGAUGCACUCCCGUUCAAUACUGUAAGACUGACAGCCAGUGUCCAACCGGAGCUUCCUGCAACGGAGGAAUCUGCACUGCGCUUUGCACUUCAAUAAGAGACUGCAUCGGCGACCAAUUGUGCAUCGACGGGCUUUGCCGUCCGACUUGCAAGUCAAACUCGACUUGUCCGGAGUAUCAGUACUGCCAGAACAACAUUUGUGUUCAAGAACUGCGCUGCACUUCGGACAACGACUGCGGGUACGACGAAAAAUGCAUCAGGAACAAUCUUGGACAAGCAGAGUGUCGUCAAGCCUGCGAACUGAUUCUCUGCGGAAGGAACGCAGGCUGUAAGUCUGACAACCACAAAGCUACUUGCGCUUGCGAUCGCGGAUUUUUCGGCGACGCCUACGACGACAAGAUGGGCUGCCAGCCGAUAGAGUGCGAGAGCCACAAUGACUGCUCUGACGAAAAGAUCUGUGAUUCGCACAAGUGUAGGAUAGCUUGCCUCGCGCACAAUCCUUGCGGACAAAACGCUAUUUGCUCGACGAACAACCACCAGCAAGUCUGCACCUGCCAACCUGGAUACACCGGAGAGCCUACGCGUGGUUGUAAUCUCAUAGACUUCUGCCUCAACUCGCCUUGCGCUCCAGGCGCUGUUUGCACCAAUUCCCGCGGAUCUUACCGCUGCCACUGCCAAUCAGGAACUGUAGGAGACGCUUACAACAGCGGGUGCCAAACCCCGGUUGAGUGUCUCAGAGACCAAGACUGCCCAAUCACUGCCAGGUGCAUUGAAAUCAACGGAGUUCCCAAGUGCACUGACGUCUGUUCAAGAACCCGCUGCGGUCCUAACGCUGAAUGCAUUCCGGGAGAGCACGUAGCUUCCUGUAGCUGCAGACUUGGUUAUGAUGGAGACGCCAAUGAUCUCAGAGUAGGCUGCCGUCCUUUGCCAACCGCCUGCUCGACUUCUUCAGAGUGUCCUGCUAAUACUUACUGCUACGAAAACAUCUGCAGACCUUCGUGCCAAUCCGAUGAAGAGUGCAACCUGACUGACCGAUGUCUCAACGGACAAUGCCUAGACCCCUGCGAGGUUCGCACCGCUUGUGGAAUAAACGCUGAUUGCCAGGUCAACAACCACAUCAAGCGCUGCAGCUGUCCUCCAGGAUUCACCGGAAACUCUGAAAUUGAGUGCGUAAGACUUCCAGUUUCUUGCAACGGAGACGAAGACUGUAGCCUUGGAAACACCUGCAGGGACAAUGUUUGCCUUCCAACUUGUACUUCUGACAACCAAUGCGCAUUCAAUGAGAAAUGCGUGCGUGGAAACUGUCUUCUGACCUGCAGACUGGACAACGAUUGCUUCCUAGGUCACAUCUGCUUGAACAACAUGUGUUCUUAUGGUUGCAGAGGAGACGAAGACUGCAACGCCAAUGAAGCUUGCGCCUCCAACAAGUGUGUAAAUCCCUGUGACGUAACUCCCUGCGGCCCUAACGCUAAUUGCAUUGCAACAAACCAAAGAGCUUCUUGCGCUUGUCCUGGCGGAUUCAUGCCUAAUCCUUCCGCUAGAAUAGCUUGUCUCCGCGCGCCAGGACCUUCGUGCCAAGCUAACAGAGACUGUCCACUAGGAGCGGCGUGCGUAGCCGGUUCCUGCGUAGCAGUCUGCUCUUCCAACACCAACUGUUUGAGCAACGAGCGCUGCGACUCUUCAGGAAUUUGCCGAGCGCUUUGUCGCCAGGACGAAGACUGUCGCAGCGGAGAGAUCUGCGAAGGUCUUGUUUGCCUUGCAGGUUGCCGAGCGGAGAUUGAGUGUGCAGAAAACUUGUCUUGCAUCAACAACCAGUGCGUGGAUCCUUGCAGUCUUCCUGAUUGUUGUGGCACAAACGCCAAUUGUGCGAUGCUAAAUCAUCAGAAGCUAUGCAGCUGUCCUGCUCCGUUGGUUGGAGAUCCUUUAACUGGAUGUCGUCGGAACUUCAUUCCUUGCAGCGACUCUUGUCCUCCUGGUCAUACUUGCAAUGGAGGAUCCUGCUACGCAACUUGCAGGAGCGAUUCGAAUUGUCUGAAUGACGAACGCUGCGAAGCGGGAGUCUGCAAAGCGAUUUGCAACAGUGACGAUCAUUGUUCUCCGGGUCAGAUCUGCGAGAAUAGAAUUUGUGAGCUUGGAUGUCGCAGCGAUAAUGCUUGCUCUAGUGAGGAGUCUUGUAUUAACAACAGAUGCCAGAGUCCUUGCGAAGGAGGUAAAGCUUGUGGAGAAUGCGCUGGCUGCAGAGUUGUUAAUCAUGCUGCGCAAUGCAGCUGCCCGCCUAAUUACUACGGAAACGCUUUGAUAAGCUGUACUAAGUCUCCUGCUCCUUGCGACGGAGUCUGCGAGUGCGACGAGGUCGGCUACUGCGUCAAAAGCUGCUCUGUUAACGAAAACUGCGCUUGUGGAGAAGUUUGUGAUAACAGAAAGUGCCGCAUCAAGUGCGACGCUAACAAUUCCUGCAAGAAGGGUUACAUCUGCAAUUCUGGAAUCUGCUUAGCUGGAUGUCGAACUCACAGUGACUGUCCUACGUCUCUGUCGUGCAACAACGGACAAUGUGAAGAUCCGUGUCUUUAUAAUGGAUCUCCAUGUGGAAUCAACGCGCUCUGCAAGGUCUCGGGUCAUCGCGCAGUAUGCUUGUGUCCUGAAGGGUAUCAAGGGGAGCCGAGUCAGGAGUGCUACCAACUGGAGUGUCUUCGUCAUGAGGAUUGUGAACCUACUAAGCGGUGCAGCGAUGAUGGAGUCUGCACUAAUCCGUGUCUUCAGCAUGGAGUUUGUGGUUUCAAUGCUCAGUGUAGAGUUGUUGAUCGCACUGCUCAGUGCUCCUGCCCGCCGGGACACUACGGAAAUCCGAAGAUCAAUUGCAAACCUGGGACUGAUGAGUGUCUCAAGAGACCUUGUGGUGUUAAUGCCAAGUGUCGCGAAACUGCUGGAGGAUUCGAGUGCAGUUGCGCUCCAGGAUGCUACGGUGAUCCUCAUCAGGUCUGUAUCUGCGAUGAUGAUCUUUGCAGAGACACCAGUUGUGGGGUCAAGGCUGCUUGCAGGGUUUAUAAUAACCAACCUCAGUGCUACUGUCCUCCGGAGUAUCCUGCUGGUGAUCCUAUGCAUGAAUAAUGUAUUCGCGAUGGUACCAUUUUUGUCUGUAGAUGCCCUCCAGGUACCACUGGAUCUCCAGAUGCUGAAUGCAAGACCGAACGAGAAUGUACCAGUGACUCGGAGUGUCCAAACGAGAAGUCCUGUAUAAACCUCCACUGUCUGGAUCCAUGCCUGCUAAGAGGCGCUUGCGGGAAGAACGCGUUGUGCCGGGUGGUCCUGCACAAGCCGCGAUGUACCUGCCCGCAGUGUUACGUGGGAAUGCCCCAGACGUCGUGCAAGCCAGAUCCAAAAUGUGAGUCGCAAUACCCGCGUCCAAGCCCGCCGCGAAUCGGCUGCAAGAAAGACGCAGACUGUCCAGAGACUUUGGCGUGCAACGGCGUGACUGGAGAAUGCCGGGACCCCUGUACUAGCAGCAUCACGUCGACGAGCAUCAGCAACACUUCUGCGAUCAUCACCGGGACCAGCAACCACGGCUGCGAUCCGAAUAAACGCUGCCAGGUCCGGGAUCAUCAGCCUAUGUGCGUCUGCAAGCACGGGUUCGUCGUUAAUGACGUCGGAGAACUGACCUGCGCUCCCGACACGGCUUCCUGUGCUAGAGACGUUGAUUGUCCGUCGAACGCGGCUUGCAUUCAUGGAAAAUGCCAGAACCCUUGCACCUCACGAUUGAAGCAAUCGGCUCCCUGUCCAGCAGACAAGCUCUGCGACGUGCUUGAUCAUCGUCCCAUUUGCAUUUGCACCCAGAACUGCAAUCCUUCCCUGUCCAUUUGCCUACGAGACAGUGGCUGCUCACCGGACUUGGCCUGCCGGAACUAUAGAUGUGUGGAUCCAUGCCGGAACUCUACUUGCCCUGCUGACGCCCCCUGUUACGUCGAGGAUCACAAGCCCGUCUGCAAGUUCUGUCCCCUUGGUUUCGUGCCUGAUACUAAAUACGGAUGCAUGAAAGAUGUCAAAUGCUCUGACCACAGCGACUGUCCUUCACAACUGGCUUGCAUUAAUCAGAAAUGCUUGAAUCCUUGUACACUCGGAAAUCCUUGUGAUUACGUUGAAGAAUGUCACGUCCAGGAUCAUCGACCGGUUUGCGUUAAAGCCAAUGAUAAAUCUUCCGGAUGUCCGUACUGUCCACUAGGACAUCAGUGUGAUACUUCAACCAACACCUGCAUUAAAGCCGGUUGCAAUAGCGACAACGACUGCCCGGUGUGGGAGAUCUGCGUGGGACAUAUCUGCCAGGACCCUUGUCGCAUCAAAAACCCGUGUGCUGCUCACGCUGUCUGUAUCAACACGAACCACGGUACUGAUUGUAGCUGCGAGGAAGGCUAUCACGGAAAUGCAUUUAAUGUCUGUCAAUACAACGAAGAUUGCCCGCCGAACAAACUGUGCGACCGGUUGAACCGCCGCUGUAUAAAUCCUUGCUUCGAGGACAGCUGCGGAAGCAACGCAGAAUGCUUCACAGAAGAUCAUACAGCAAAAUGCAGAUGCUUACCAGGCUACGAAGGAAAUCCGCAGGUUGCCUGCGAGAGUUCCGGGUCGAAUCCGUGUGUUCCAAACCCAUGUGGCUUGGAAGCGAUGUGCGAAGUAGACAACGGCGACCCGAUCUGCUUCUGCCCCAAAGGAAUGACAGGAAAUCCUUUCGAACAUUGUGUCCCUGAAGGAGACAAGUGCCAGGGCAACCCCUGCGGUCCUAACUCAGGCUGCCGGGUCAUCCAAGGCCAGAUCACUUGCUUCUGCCUUCCAGGAUACGAAGGAAGUCCUCCAGCGACCGCUUGCUUCGUCCCAGAGAAUCCUUGCGAGCCAUCCCCAUGUGGGCCUAACACCAGGUGCAACAUUCUGAACAACGGAAUCGCUAAGUGUACAUGUCUUCCAGGAUUCAUUGAAAGUCCGAACACAGUCCGAGGAUGUAUCGAGCAGACUCAUCCAUGCGAGCCAAAUCCUUGUGGAAAUGACGCAGUUUGCGACGCAAACCGCGCUCCUCCUUGCUACUGCCCGGAAAACACCGUCGGAAAUCCUUACAAAGCUUGCACAGUCAACGUUGAAGUUCCUCUGUGUCAACCUGGCCCCUGUGGGGUCAAUUCUGACUGCUACGUGUCAGAAAACCGCGAGCAAUGCUACUGCAAGGCCGGAUUCAUCGGUGAUCCUUACACGGGUUGUCAUCAGCCGCCUAGCAGCGCUUGCCAGCCCAAUCCUUGUGGCAGGAACGCCAUCUGCCGGGUUACAAGCUCCAGCAAGGCCAUCUGCGAGUGUUCUCCAGGAACAUCAGGAGAUCCUACGAGUCCAGCUGGAUGCGAUAGCUUUGAGUGCACAAAAGACGACGAUUGUCUUCAAACUCACGCUUGCAUUGGUCACAAGUGUCAGAAUCCUUGCAAUGGAGCUUGCGGAGUCAACGCCAACUGUCGUGUGGAGUUACACCACCCGGUCUGCUACUGCAGAAAAGGACUCCAAGGCAAUCCAAUCCUCAGGUGCUCUCCACCGAUGGUACCAGAGCCAGUGAAGAAUUCUUGCUAUCCAAAUCCUUGCGGUCAGAAUACUUUGUGCCAAAUUCUGAAGAACCGAGCAGUCUGUUCAUGUCUUCCAGGAUUCUUGGGUGAUCCACAGACUGGUUGUCAUCCGGAGUGUAUGAUAAACUCAGACUGUUCUCACGACAAAGCCUGUUUGAACAUGCAGUGUGUGAAUCCUUGCAGUCUUGGGAAUAUUUGUGGCACCAACGCCGAGUGUCGCGUGUCUCAUCACACUGCCACUUGUCUCUGUCGACCAGACUACUUUGGAAAUCCGUUUAUCCGCUGCACACCCAAAUCCAGCAUCACUAUGGACAAGUACCCCAACAUCACUCAUCCUUGCUCGCCUUCGCCCUGCGGACCUUUUGACUACUGCGAGACCUUCACGGACCAAGUGGCAAUGUGUGGCGGCUGUGAUCUUCAAGAAAAUUCUUGGUGCCGUCCAGAGUGUCUUUGCAACAGCGACUGCCCCUUCGACCACGCUUGCAUAGGCUGGAAGUGCGCUGACCCUUGUUUGGGAACUUGCGGCGUUAACGCCAACUGCGAAGUCAUCUGGCAUCAACCAGUCUGCAGUUGUCCUACUGGACUCUAUGGAAAUCCGUACCAAGGGUGCAUUCCUGAAGACACUGAUCAUCGCGACCCUUGUAGUACUACCCAGUGUGGAGCCAAUGCAAUUUGCCGUGAAAACCAAGGAGCUACUACUUGCAAGUGCAUGGAAGGCUACUCUGGCAAUCCAUUCUUCGCUUGUCACGUUGAGUGUGUCCAAAAUUCAGACUGUCCUUUGACCAAGGCUUGCUCUAACCAUAAGUGCGUCGAUCCUUGUCACAGCGCUUGUGGAACUGGAGCCUCCUGCGACGUGAUUAAUCACUACCCAGUCUGUUUCUGCGACGCGAAUCUCUCCGGAGAUCCGUUUGUUCAUUGCUACCCUCACAAAGAAGUGGGUCCAGUGAUAGUACCUCAAUCAAAUCCUUGCGACCCUUCGCCCUGUGGACCAAACAGCAGGUGUCUAAUUUCACCGCGAGGCUACGCCACUUGCUCAUGCUUACCAGACUUCCGCGGAAGCCCGCCUUUGUGUAAUCCCGAGUGUAUCGUCAGCUCAGAUUGUCUCCAAAUCCAGGCUUGCAUCAACAACAAGUGCGUGAACCCAUGCAACGGAAUCUGCGGACACGGUGCUUUGUGUUUGGUGAUAAAUCACAACCCGGUGUGCAGUUGUCCUGCUACUUACGAAGGAGAUCCUUUUGUGGCUUGCGUUCCAAUGAACAAAGAAGAACUGGAACCCACAUCUUCAUGCCAUCCGUCGCCUUGCGGUCCUAACUCAGUCUGCCAGAUCAAGAUGGGCCGUCCAGUGUGCUCCUGUCAGAGUACCUUCAUAGGAAGUCCACCGAACUGCAGACCAGAGUGUCUCAUCAGCCAGGAAUGUCCAAUAGACCAAGCUUGCGUAGCGAACAAAUGUAUCCACCCUUGCCCUCACAGCUGCGGACCCAAUUCCGAGUGCGCUAUCAUCAACCACACGCCCUACUGCUCUUGCAAACCUGGAUACGAAGGCGACGCAUUCGUUGGGUGCACUAUGGUGCCUAUUCAACCAACACCUCCUGAUGAUCCUUGCAAUCCUUCGCCUUGUGGCAACAAUGCUAUCUGUAAUGUAGUGAACGGAGUCGCUAGGUGCACUUGCAUUCCUCCAUACGUCGGAAAUCCUUACGUUGGAGGUUGCAAGCCUGAAUGUAUGAUCAACUCAGACUGCGCCAACCACCUGGCUUGCCUGAACCAACACUGCAGAGACCCUUGUCCAGGAAUCUGUGGCUUCAACGCCCAAUGCGAGGUGUCUAAUCACAUUCCCACUUGCUCUUGUCUCUCAGGAUACUCUGGAGACCCGUUCCAGACUUGUAAGAUUGAAAAAAUGAACGUCCCACCGCAGAAUCCAUGCACACCAUCACCCUGUGGACCUUACAGUAUUUGCAGAGUGGCCAACGACCGCGCGGUCUGCUCUUGCAGUCCAGGAUACAGAGGAACUCCACCUUCCUGCAGACCGGAGUGUCUCGUCAGCUCGGAGUGCGCUCCGCAUCUGGCUUGCAUUGAUCAGAAGUGCAGCGAUCCUUGCCAAGGCGUCUGUGGUUACAACGCGCUUUGCCAAGUCAGCAAUCACAACCCUAUCUGCAGUUGCCCUGAAAGACACACUGGAGAUCCGUUUGUUCAGUGCUCGGAGGUUCCAAAGGUAGUCGAACCGACGAACCCUUGUGUGCCUUCUCCAUGUGGUCCAAACGCCCAAUGCCGGGUCCAAAACAACCGCCCAGUCUGUUCUUGUCUAACUGGAAUGUUUGGCGCGCCUCCUAACUGCCGACCUGAGUGUCUGAUCAACCAAGACUGUCCGAACUACCUGGCUUGUUUGCAAAACAGCUGUGUGAACCCUUGCGUCGGGUCUUGCGGCAUCAACGCCAACUGUAUCGUCAGGAACCACCGACCAAUAUGCCAAUGCCAAGAAGGAUUCGAAGGAGAUCCGUUCUCCGCCUGCAACCAGCGUGAAAUGACACCAGUUGCGCCACCUAGCGAGCCUUGUAACCCAUCACCUUGUGGCUCCAAUGCAGUUUGCAAUGAAAGGAACGGAGCUGGGUCCUGUACUUGCUUGCCGGACUACACCGGAGAUCCCUACGACGGCUGCAGACCUGAGUGUGUUCAGAACUCGGAUUGUCCUCACUCCAAAGCUUGCACGAACAACAAAUGCAAGGACCCGUGUGAAGGAGCUUGUGGCCUUAAUGCUCAGUGCCAAGUGUUCAAUCAUCAGCCAUCGUGUAGUUGUCUCUCAGGAUACACCGGAAACCCUCUGACGUCUUGCUACGUUCCUCCAUCUACUCCACCCGUUCCUGAGAACGCCUGCGAACCGUCGCCUUGUGGACCUUACAGCAAUUGCCGAGUCAUUGACUUCCAUGCUGUGUGCUCAUGUCAACCAGGAACCAUCGGAAGCCCACCAACUUGCAGACCCGAGUGUGUUAUUAGCACAGACUGCGCUCAGAACAAGGCUUGCAUUAACCAGCGCUGCGAAGAUCCUUGCGUUGGAACUUGUGGGCUCAAUGCACGCUGCCAAGUUAUCAACCACAACCCGGUUUGCAUUUGCAUGAACGGUUACACUGGAGAUCCAUUCUCUGGAUGUUUGAAGGAAGAACCCAAGAUUCCUGGACCAGAACCUGGCGGUAAUCCGUGCGUGCCUUCACCUUGUGGGCCGAAUUCUCAGUGUCGGGUUAUAGAUGGGUUCCCAGCUUGCUCUUGUCUUCCCAACUACGUUGGCAGAGCUCCCAAUUGCAGACCCGAGUGUGUGAUAAACGAAGAAUGUCCUGGAAAUCUGGCGUGUCAGAACGAACGCUGCUCGGAUCCUUGUCCGGGUUCUUGUGGGGCCAACACUUUCUGCGAUGUGGUCAAACACAAUCCAGUUUGUAAUUGCAACCCAGGAUUCACCGGUAAUCCAUUCAUUGAAUGUACGCCUCAGCUGCAAGAGCCUUACACUACAGAAAAGCCAAGAACACCAUGUGAUCCUUCACCUUGUGGAGCUAACGCUGUUUGCAAUGAAAGAAACGGAGCUGGAUCUUGUUCCUGUAUUCCAGAAUAUUUUGGAGAUCCUUACACUGGUUGCAGACCUGAAUGCGUUACUAACAACGACUGUGGAAGAACUAAGGCUUGCUUGCAUAACAAAUGUAUCAAUCCCUGCGCUGGAACUUGCGGGCCCAAUGCUUCUUGUCGGGUAGUAAACCACGCGCCAUCUUGUACUUGUCUAGCAGGUUACACUGGAGAUCCAACGACUGGUUGCUCAGUCCUGGAAAUCGUCACCAAGUCACCGAUAACUGAUCCAUGCGAAGCAGCGCCCUGUGGACCCAACAGCAACUGCAGAACGCUUAACGGCCACGCAGUUUGUUCCUGCAAGAGUGGGUUCAUUGGAACUCCACCGACUUGCAGGCCCGAGUGUAGUAUCAGCACGGAAUGUCCAAGAAGCAAAGCUUGCGUGAAUAACAAGUGUAUCAAUCCUUGCCAGUCAGCUUGUGGAGAGAACACCAAGUGUCUGGUUGUCAAUCAUAGCCCGAUUUGCACCUGCGCUGGUGGUUACACUGGAGAUCCAUUCGUUGCUUGCAGCAAGGUUGAGCUAACACCAGGACCUGGAAGAGAAGACGAAGAUCCUUGCGUGCCUAAUCCUUGCGGACCUAAUUCACAGUGCAAGGUUGUAGGCUCUCAGCCAGCUUGCUCUUGCGCACCUAACUUCUUGGGUCGCCCACCAAAUUGCAGACCUGAGUGCAGAGACAACUCGGAGUGUCCUACAACCAUGGGAUGCAUCAACCAGCGAUGUAAGAACCCCUGUCCUGGAGCUUGUGGAGACAUGGCAAGAUGUUCGGUGUUAAAUCAUUCUCCAGUUUGCUCUUGUCCUGAAGGAUAUACUGGAGAUCCAAGCACUCAAUGUACGCCUGCUAUGCCAUCGAUUCCCGAACCUAGACCAACCAACCCAUGUCUUCCGAAUCCUUGCGGACCCAACGCGCAGUGUAGAGAAAGAAACGGAGCAGGAGCUUGCGCUUGUCCUGCUGACUUCAUCGGUGAUCCUUAUGACAAUCUCAAAGGUUGUCAUCGUGAGUGUGAAGUCAAUGAUGACUGCGUUCCUCAUCUGGCGUGUGUUGGGUUCAAGUGUACCAACCCAUGUCCUGGAACUUGUGGGACUUUGUCAAUUUGCCAGGUAGAGAAUCACGUUCCUAGAUGUCAAUGUCCGCCUGGAUACACUGGAGAUCCCUUCUACGCCUGCAAUGAAGAGACUAAAGAGAUUCUACCACCACAGGACCCUUGUUCUCCAACACCAUGUGGUCCUAACAGCAAAUGCAGGACCAUCAACAGCCAAGCGGUCUGUACAUGUCUUCCAGACUACAUCGGAGCGCCUCCAUCCUGCCGACCGGAGUGCAUUGUCAACGCAGAAUGUCCAGUUCAUCUCGCUUGCAUCAACAGAAAGUGCGCUGAUCCUUGUCCGAAUACUUGUGGCGUUCGCGCUCAAUGCACCACCAAGAAUCACAAUCCAAUCUGCACUUGUCCUGCUGGCUUCACUGGAGAUCCAUUCACUCUCUGCAUACCACAAAUUGAAGUACCAGCUACUUCAACACCAAGACCACCAUCUUGCAAUCCAUCUCCAUGUGGUCCUAAUUCACAGUGUCAGAUGGUCUUUGGUAAUCCAGCUUGUUCCUGUCUUCCAAACUACAUCGGAGUGCCGCCAGAGUGUCGACCAGAGUGUAUCAUCAGCUCUGAGUGCAAGAGCCACCUGGCUUGCGUUAACCAACGCUGUCAAGAUCCUUGCUCAGGUUCUUGCGGAUUCAACGCCCAGUGUCACGUUCUGAAUCACAUCCCAGUUUGUACAUGCAUGGAAGGAUUCACUGGAGAUCCGUUUACAGAGUGCUCAUUAAUUCCGCCGACUACUCAAGCACCAAUUCAAGCAGAUCCUUGCACUCCAUCGCCCUGUGGUCCAAAUGCUAUCUGCAGAGCCGGAGAAUGUACUUGCUUGCCAGAGUACUUCGGAAAUCCGUAUGAAGAGUGUCGACCUGAAUGUGUGCUGAACUCAGAGUGUCCUAGAGAUAAGUCAUGUCUUCGCAAUAAGUGUGUGGAUCCUUGUCCAGGAAGAUGUGGACAGAAUGCUGAAUGCGACGUUGUAAAUCACAUACCAGUGUGUUCUUGCCGUCCAGGAUUCGUUGGAGAUCCGUUUACCAACUGCAGAAUCCAGCAAGACACUCCUGAAAACAAGAGAGAUCCUUGCUCACCAUCCCCAUGUGGACCUAACAGCCAAUGUCGCAACGUGGAGAACCACGCAGUCUGUUCCUGCCUCUCGGGAUACUUAGGAACACCACCAAUGUGUCGUCUGGAGUGUUUGACUAGCUCAGAGUGUCCUCCAACACGCGCUUGCAUCAGCAACAAGUGUACCGACCCAUGUCUUGGAUCUUGUGGCCUCAAUGCAAGAUGCGAAGUCAUCAACCACUCGCCGAUUUGCAGCUGCCCUCCCGGACAAACUGGCGAUCCUUUCAGAAGCUGCUACGAGAUUACCAUGCCAGCGGAGCCUAAAGAUCCCCAAGAUCCUUGCUCACCAUCACCUUGUGGACCCAACGCACAGUGUCAGAACAACGAUGGAAUUCCUGCUUGCUCAUGUCUGCCUAAUUACAUCGGAUCUCCACCAUCCUGCAGACCAGAGUGUGUCAUUAACCCUGACUGUCCAUCAAACCAAGCUUGCAUCAACUCACGGUGCGUUGACCCAUGCCCAGGGUCUUGCGGAGACUUCGCAGAAUGUCGCGUCAUCAACCACGCAGUCACUUGCAGCUGUACCAGCGGCUACACUGGCAAUCCAUUCGUCCAGUGCAUGAUAGAGCAACCGGAAACGAUCAACCCUUGCGAACCUUCACCCUGCGGUCCUAACGCCAUCUGCCAACAACGAGACAAUGCAGGUGCUUGCGUUUGCAUUGAUGAUUACCAUGGCAAUCCCUACGAAGGCUGCCAACCAGAGUGUAUCCUCAGCUCGGAUUGUCCAACAAACAAAGCUUGCGAGAGAAACAAGUGUGUGGAUCCUUGUCCAGGAGUCUGUGGCACUCAAGCCCAGUGUUCUGUCAUCAACCACAUACCAACUUGCACUUGUCUUCCAGGAUUCAUCGGCGAUCCUUUCACUACUUGUACAUUCCAAGUAGAGUCUACAACUCCAGGAAUAAGCCUAGAUCCUUGCAAUCCUUCUCCUUGCGGACCAAAUAGUCUCUGUCGGACCAUCAACGACCAGGCUGUGUGUACCUGCCAAGCUAACUACAUCGGAGCUCCACCGAACUGCCGUCCAGAAUGUGUGGUCAACACGGAAUGCGCUCAGAAUCGCGCGUGCUACAAAUACAAGUGCAAUGACCCGUGUCCUGGAACUUGCGGCAUUGGAGCAGAUUGCCGUGUGAUCAACCACAACCCUCUCUGCAGCUGUCCCGCGGGAACCACUGGAGAUCCAUUCUCUAGGUGCUACCAAGCAGUAGAAGUGCCACCAACAAGACCUAGUGAUCCUUGCGUACCUAAUCCUUGCGGACUCAACGCUGAAUGUCGAAGAGUUGGCGAUCAAGCUGCCUGUUCCUGUCUUAAUAACUACAUCGGCUCGCCUCCCAACUGCAGACCUGAGUGUGUUGUCAACACUGACUGUCCUUCAACUCAAGCAUGUAUCUCCGAAAAGUGCAGAGACCCUUGCAUUGGAUCUUGCGGACAAGACGCAGAAUGUCGGGUACAAAACCACAUUCCUACAUGUCUUUGCCGGGAAGGAUUCACUGGAGAUGCCUUUACACUCUGUUCCCAAAUCAUGGAACCAAAACAACCGGAAGAUCCUUGCAACCCUUCACCUUGUGGAGCGAACGCUCUCUGCAACUCAGGAGUCUGUACUUGUCUGCCUGAAUACCAAGGCGAUCCUUACGUCUUCUGUCGUCCGGAAUGUACCAUGAAUUCAGACUGUCCUCGGACUAAGUCUUGCAUGAACCAACGUUGUGUUGAUCCGUGCCCUGGAACCUGUGGUACUGAUGCUCUUUGCAAUGUCGUCAAUCACAUCCCGAUGUGCAGCUGCUCACAAGAAACCACUGGCAAUCCGUUUUUCGCCUGCAGACCAGUUAAGGAAGAUACUACUCCGAAAGAACCAUGCUCUCCGUCACCUUGCGGACCUAACAGUAUCUGCCGUGUUGUUGAAGAUCAUGCUGUGUGCUCUUGCUCACCAGGAUUCGUCGGUAGCCCUCCAGGUUGCAGACCUGAGUGUGUCACUAGCGCAGAGUGUCCUUUAACUCGCGCUUGCUUGAACAACAAGUGUCAGGACCCUUGCCCAGGAACUUGUGGACAAAACGCUAAAUGCCAAGUUGUCAAUCAUAAUCCAAUUUGUAGCUGCUUGGAAGGCAAUACUGGUGAUCCUUUCACUAGAUGUUACUUAUUACCAGUGGAUACGCCUCCGGAACCAGUAAAUCCAUGUCAACCAUCUCCUUGUGGUCCCAACUCUGAAUGCAACGUCCGUGGAAACAGCCCAGCUUGUUCCUGCGCUCAAAAUUACAUUGGUCAGCCACCAAACUGCCGACCUGAGUGCACCAUAAACCCAGAAUGUCCUUCAAACCUCGCGUGUAUUCAACAAAAGUGCCGUGAUCCUUGUGCUGGACUCUGUGGAAUUUCCGCAACCUGCUCAGUAGUCAACCACCAUGCAGUCUGCGCUUGUUCCGAAGGAUUCACCGGGGAUCCGUUCAGCAACUGUAUUCUUGCACCAAAGGAACCCCCAAAGGAGAUGAGACGACCUUGCUCACCGUCACCCUGUGGCACCAAUACAGUCUGUCGUGAGCAAAACGGUAUUGGAUCCUGCUCAUGCCUUCCCGACUACAUAGGUGAUCCCUACGAAGGCUGCAGACCUGAGUGUGUUAUCAACUCAGACUGUCCCACGAACUUUGCCUGUAUACGGACCAAGUGUCAAGACCCGUGUCCUGGAACCUGCGGUCCCAAUGCCCAGUGCCAGACGAUAAACCACCUGGCGUCCUGCACCUGUUCAACAGGUUACUCCGGAGACCCGUUCAGAUACUGCAGCCCAGCACCUCUGAUAACUCAGCCCGCAAUCACAGAGCUCUGCUCGCCCAGUCCUUGUGGUCCCAACAGUCAAUGCCGGGUUAUCAACAACCAAGCCGUUUGUUCUUGCCUACCUGAAUACAUCGGUGCUCCACCUGGCUGCCGGCCCGAAUGUACUGUCAGUUCCGAGUGUCCUCGGAACCGCGCUUGUAUUAACAGAAAGUGUGACAAUCCAUGUCCAAAACCUUGCGGUAGAAAUACCGACUGCAUUGUCAUGAACCACAGUCCCAUUUGUACCUGCAGGAACGGUUUUACCGGCGAUCCAUUCACCUCCUGUUUCGCAGCUCCACCCCCGAGCCCAGUUGAAACCCAGAAUCCUUGUGUACCAUCGCCAUGUGGACCUAACUCUAUAUGUCGCGACUCUAAUGGACCCUCUUGCUCAUGUUUGCCUUCUUUCAUUGGUUCUCCACCAAACUGCAGACCUGAAUGUACAAUUAGCGCGGAUUGUCCUGUUAACCAAGCUUGCAUGCGUUCUAAAUGCCGUGAUCCUUGUCCCGGAUCUUGCGGCAUUCAAGCGCAGUGCGAGGUUGUUAACCAUACACCUAUCUGCACCUGCCCUCAAGGAUUUACUGGUGAUCCCUUCAGCAGUUGCAUCAUCCAGCCACCAAUGGAUGAACUACCUCAAGACCCGUGUAACCCUUCGCCCUGCGGAGCAAACACUCGUUGUCAGCAAGGAGUUUGCACCUGUUUACCUGAAUACAUCGGAGAUCCCUACUUUGGAUGCAGACCCGAGUGCGUUUUGAACAAUGACUGUCCUCAGAACCAAGCUUGCAUUCGUAAUAAGUGCAAAGAUCCUUGUCCAGGAACUUGCGGCCAAAACGCUGUAUGUAACGUCUAUAACCACGUCCCUAUGUGUACUUGUCCUUCAGGAAUGGCAGGCAAUGCUUUUGUCAUGUGUUCUCCAGUCACUGUGCCUCAAGUAACUGAUCCAUGCAACCCGUCGCCCUGCGGUCCGAACAGCAAAUGUCGACAGAGUAACGGACAUGCUACCUGCACUUGCAUCACUGGAUUCAUUGGAAGUCCUCCUAGCUGCAGACCAGAGUGUGUUAUCUCGUCAGAAUGUCCUUUGACCGAAGCUUGUAGCAAUCAGAAGUGUAGGAACCCUUGUCAGGGUGCUUGCGGACUGCAAGCAACCUGUAAUGUUAUCAAUCACAACCCUAUUUGCAGUUGUCCUUCGUCGAUGACUGGAGAUCCGUUUGUGCAAUGCCAAAUGACUCCUCAAGAACCAGUUAAGCCAAUCAAUCCAUGCCAACCUUCACCUUGUGGUCCAAAUGCAGAGUGUCGGGUGAUAAAUGACUCUCCAUCGUGCUCCUGUCUCCCAGAAUUUACCGGAACUCCACCAAAUUGUCGGCCCGAGUGCAUUAGCAACGGCGACUGCUCCAAUAACCUUGCGUGUAUUAGACAGAAGUGUAGAGAUCCUUGUCCUGGAUCUUGUGGUGCUAAUGCAGAAUGUCGGGUCGUCAGUCACACACCAAUGUGUAUCUGUACGACUGGAUUUACCGGUGAUCCUUUCACUCAGUGUACUCCAGCGCAAUUUGACCAGCCAGUGGUGACGAAUCCUUGUUCACCAUCACCCUGUGGUUCUAACGCAGAGUGUAGAGUCCAGCAGAAUGCCGGAUCUUGCUCUUGCUUCCCCGGAUACAUUGGAAACCCCUACGAAGGUUGCAGACCCGAGUGUGUUUUGAAUUCUGACUGCUCCGCAAACCUAGCUUGCAUUAGUUCCAAAUGCAGGGACCCUUGCCCGGGUACUUGCGGUCAGAAUGCCGUUUGUCAGGUGGUAAACCACCUGCCAACCUGCUCUUGCAUUGAUAGAUACACUGGAGAUCCUUUCAGGUUCUGUAGUUUCAUUUCACCAACAGAAGUAGAAAACAAAGGCAGCGCUUGUCGACCUUCACCUUGCGGGCCUUACAGUCAGUGUCGCGAGUCAAACGGGCAAUCUGUUUGCUCCUGCUUGCCGGGAUACAAUGGCAGCCCACCGGGAUGUCGACCUGAAUGUACAACCAGUUCAGAUUGCGCUUUGAAUCGCGCUUGCGUUAGUUUAAAAUGCAUUGACCCUUGUCCUGAACCUUGUGGAAGACAAGCUACAUGUAGAGUCGUCAACCACAGCCCUAUUUGUUCAUGUAACCUUGGAUUUACUGGAGAUGCGUUCACCAUUUGCUUCCCUAUUCCACAAUCAACGGAGAUCGAAAGACCUCGAGAUCCAUGUUUCCCGUCGCCAUGUGGACCAAACUCUCAGUGCAGGAACGCUAACGGCAGCCCAGCUUGCUCGUGUUCAACAGGUUACAGUGGAAGUCCGCCCAAUUGUCGUCCUGAAUGUGUCAUAAACUCGGAGUGUCCAAGCGACCGUGCUUGCAUGAGCGAGAAGUGUAGGGAUCCUUGUCCUGGAUCCUGUGGGCAGAAUGCUGUGUGUUCAGUCUACAACCACGUUCCAGUUUGCUCGUGUAUCGAAAGUUACACCGGAGAUCCAUUCACUGGGUGCUUCUAUCAACAACCAACAGCACCUACGGUCACUGAUCCUUGCAACCCAUCACCAUGUGGCUCAAACGCUCAAUGUAACAGCGGAUUCUGUUCUUGCCUGCCCAAUUACUUUGGCGACGCCAAUUCUGGCUGUAGACCCGAGUGUGUCUUGAACAAUGACUGCCCUCAAGACCGAGCUUGUGUCCGAAACAAGUGUAUUGACCCGUGUCCAGGUACUUGUGGUCAAAACGCCCAAUGCACAGUUUUCAAUCACAUUCCCAUGUGUACGUGUCUCGCCGGGAUGGCUGGAAAUGCUCUAGUGUCUUGCCAACCAGUCCAAGGUAUGAUUCAUCGUCAUACAAACUAUCACCAUCACCAUCAUCACCAAGUUAUUAAUGAUAAUGUUAUUACCCUAGCUCCUCCAGAAACCAGACCAUGUAGUCCCUCACCCUGCGGGCCCAACAGCAUUUGCCGUCCAGUUAACGGGCAGUCCGUUUGUACCUGUGCUCCAGAAUACUUAGGAAGCCCUCCGACAUGUCGCCCUCAAUGUCUAGUCAGUUCAGAUUGUCCUCGUAACGAGGCAUGUACGAAUCAGCGCUGUCGUGAUCCUUGUCCUGGUACCUGCGGCUUAGAAGCGCGGUGCGAGGUCAUCAAUCACAAUCCCAUUUGUUCCUGUCGGGAAGGUUUCACUGGAGAUCCAUUCACACGUUGUACCUUUAUCCAAAACACCCCAACUUCGCCACCAGAAAAUCCUUGCCAACCAUCACCAUGCGGCAUGAAUGCCGAGUGUCGUGUUAUAAACGACUCCCCAUCUUGCUCCUGUUUACCUGAAUUCAUAGGUUCGCCUCCAAAUUGCCGUCCCGAGUGCAUAAGCAACUCAGAGUGUCCCAGCAAUAAGGCGUGUGUCAAUCGAAAGUGUCGAGACCCUUGUCCAGGGUCCUGCGGUAUCAACACUGAAUGCCGAGUAGUUAGUCAUACUCCAAUGUGCGUUUGUCUCCCGGGACAAACUGGUGAUCCUUUUACUGGUUGUCAGCCAGUAUCAUCAUCACAACCACCCGUAAACUUAGAAUCGCCCUGCAUACCCUCGCCCUGUGGUGCCAACGCGGUCUGCAAAGAGUCAAACGGCGCUGGAUCUUGCUCCUGUCUGGCCGACUACAUUGGAAAUCCAUACGAAGGCUGUAGACCCGAGUGUGUAAUAGACUCCGACUGUCCAUCUUACCAGAGCUGCUCUAGAUCAAAGUGCCGUGACCCUUGUCCCGGCGCUUGUGGCCAGAACGCCGAUUGCAUUCCCAUCAACCACUCGCCCUCUUGUACCUGUCGACCGGCCUUCACUGGUGACCCGUUCACUUACUGCACCCCGUUAUCGACCAAUCCAAUAGACAGCGAUAGACCAAGAGAACCUUGUAACCCGUCACCCUGUGGGCCCAAUAGCCAAUGCCGAGUGAAUAAUGGACAGCCAGUUUGCACUUGCUUGCCAAACUACAUCGGUAGCCCACCAGGAUGCCGUCCCGAGUGUGUCGCCUCCUCCGAAUGUCCCUCCCAGCUGGCUUGCAUCAACCAAAAAUGCGAGAAUCCGUGCCCCGCACCCUGUGGACUAAACACCAAGUGUGUCGUCGUUAACCACAGCCCAAUUUGCAGUUGUAUGUCGGGAUACAGCGGCGACCCAUUCACCCGAUGCAAUCUUAUACCACCACCAACUGAACCAAAUGACCAAGUACCCAGAGACCCGUGUGCGCCCUCACCUUGCGGAAGUUUCUCUUACUGUCGCAAUAUUGGUGGAUCACCAGCUUGCACCUGUCGAGAAGGGUACGUCGGUCAGCCACCCAAUUGUAGGCCCGAAUGUUCUAUCAACUCUGAGUGUCCAAGCAACGAGGCAUGUAUCAACGAAAAAUGCCGGGACCCAUGUCUUGGAUCUUGUGGAUUCAACGCCAUGUGCUCGGUUUCUAACCACAUACCAAUCUGCACCUGUCCUGAAGGAUUCACCGGGGAUCCGUUCACUACCUGCAAUGUUCAACCAGUCAACCAACCUAUGGAACCGCUAGACAAGUGCAACCCGUCGCCAUGUGGGUCCAAUGCUCAAUGCAACGACGGUCAGUGUACCUGCUUGCCUGAAUUCCAAGGAAACCCUUACACUGGGUGUAGACCAGAAUGUGUUCUUAAUACGGACUGUUCAAGAGAUCGCGCUUGCUGGAGAAACAAAUGUAGAGACCCUUGUCCCGGAACCUGUGCUACUAACGCCAAUUGCGCGGUGAUUAAUCACGUUCCAAUGUGCAGUUGUCCUCCAGGAAUGACUGGUAAUGCUUUCAGUCAGUGCUUGCCUAUCCAAGCUACUGUUCCAGCUAAUCCUUGCAGCCCGUCACCUUGUGGGCAGAACAGUGAAUGUCGGGUCAUAAAUGGUCAGGCGGUUUGUUCUUGUAUCCGAGGAUACUUGGGCAGUCCACCAACUUGCAGACCCGAGUGUAUCGUCAGCACGGACUGUCCGCCGAAUGAAGCUUGCUUCAAUCAGAAGUGUCAAGAUCCAUGUCAAGGAACUUGUGGAGUCGGAGCGACAUGCCAAGUAAUCAAUCACAAUCCGAUCUGUAGUUGUCUGCCGAGAUUCUCCGGUGAUCCGUUUGUAAGAUGCACUCCAAUACCAGAAGAUCCUCCAGUGCCUCAAAAUCCAUGCCAACCUUCGCCUUGCGGACCCAAUGCUCAAUGCCAAGUCAUCAACAACUCUCCAUCGUGUUCUUGUCUUGCGGAAUUCACUGGUUCUCCACCGAACUGUCGUCCUGAAUGCGUCAGCAACAGUGAGUGUGCUUCAAAUUUGGCUUGCAUCAACCAGAAAUGUAAGAACCCUUGUAUUGGAUCCUGUGGAGCUGAUUCGGACUGUCAUGUCGUCAGUCAUACGCCGAUGUGUGUCUGUAGGACAGGAUUUACUGGUGAUCCAUUCACUCAGUGUAUUCUGCAACAAACACCACCAUCAACAGCGCCAGAAACUCCUUGCACUCCAUCACCAUGCGGUCCUAACGCCGUUUGCAAAGAACAGAACGGUGCUGGAUCUUGCUCAUGCUUGCCAGAGUAUACAGGAAAUCCUUACGAAGGUUGCAGACCCGAAUGUAUUGUAAACUCAGACUGUGCUUCAAACAUGGCUUGCAUCAGAUCGAAAUGCAGAGAUCCGUGUCCAGGUACUUGUGGCAUGAACGCCGAAUGUCGGGUGAUGUAUCAUCUACCUCAGUGCUCUUGCUUCCAAGGUUACACUGGAGAUCCUUUCAGUUUCUGCAGUGUCCUCGCAGAUGUGCAGCCGCCUACAGAUCCUUGCAGCCCAUCACCUUGUGGACCUAACAGUCAAUGUCGCGUGAUCAAUACCCAACCUGUGUGUACUUGUCUUCCAGAAUACAUCGGCAGUCCACCUGGAUGUCGUCCAGAGUGUACAGUCAGCUCUGAAUGUCCUACCAACCGCGCUUGUGUCAACAGGAAGUGCUCAGACCCUUGUCCUGGCACUUGUGGAUUCAACACCAGGUGUGAGAUCAUCAACCACAGUCCAAUUUGCUCCUGUCAAGCCGGUUACACCGGAGAUCCUUUUGUCAACUGCUUUGAAAUGAUGACACCAAUGGCAACACCAUCUCAGCCAACGUACGUCAAUCCUUGCGUACCUUCACCGUGUGGACCUAAUUCAGAGUGUCGGGACAUCAAUAGUCAAGCUUCGUGUGCUUGCUUGUCAGGAUUCAACGGAUCACCACCAAACUGUCGACCCGAGUGUGUUAUUAAUCCAGAUUGCUCAAGUAACCAAGCAUGUCUUCAAUCUAAGUGCCGAGAUCCUUGUCCAGGAUCUUGUGGAGUAAGCGCUGUAUGCUCGGUAGUCAAUCACACACCAGUUUGUACCUGUCCUGAAGGAUUCAGUGGAGAUCCAUUUACUCGUUGUUCUCCAAGACCUUCAGAUCCACCGGAACCCGUACCAUCACCAUGCAGCAGAUGUGGGUCCAACACUCAGUGCAUCAAUGAUCGAUGCAUGUGCUUACCUGAAUUCCAAGGUGAUCCUUAUGCAGGCUGUAGACCGGAGUGUGUUUUGAAUCCAGAUUGUCGCAGAGACCAGGCUUGCAUCAGAAAUAAAUGUCGGGACCCUUGUGUUGGAGUUUGUGGUCAAAACGCACUUUGUAGCGUUGUAAAUCACGUUCCAGUCUGUACUUGUCCGCCACAAAUGGCAGGAAAUGCUUUCGUGAGCUGUUCGCCGGUGCAAGCACCUCAGGAAACUGAUCCUUGCAAUCCAUCACCUUGUGGAUCCAACAGCCAGUGUAGGAAAAUUAAUAACCAAGCAGUCUGCUCUUGUAUAUCACGAUAUCUCGGUGCUCCACCAAAUUGUCGUCCUGAGUGUGUUAUCAGCUCGGAUUGUACUGCUAAUAUGGCUUGUAGCAACCAGAAGUGUAUUGACCCCUGUCCAGGAACUUGUGGAAUUCGCGCUCAGUGUAACGUCGUUAAUCACAAUCCAAUAUGCAGUUGUCUUGCUGAUUUAACCGGAGAUCCGUUUGUGAUGUGUGUGCCAAUUCCUCAGGAACCAGAAGCUCCGAAGAACCCAUGCCAGCCGUCACCAUGUGGUCCAAAUGCUUUCUGUCAAGUGAUCAACAAUUCACCAUCCUGUUCUUGCUUGCCUGAAUUCAGCGGCAUUCCACCAAACUGUAGACCAGAGUGUGUGAGUAACGGCGAAUGUUCCACGAACUUGGCGUGUAUUAACCAGAAGUGUCGAGACCCAUGUCCUGGAUCUUGUGGUGCUAAUGCAGAAUGUCGAGUGAUAAGUCACACCCCAAUGUGUGUCUGUAUGGCAGGAUUCACUGGUGAUCCAUUUACCCAAUGUACCAUCAAACAAAUGGAUCCAAUUCCAGACGUCCAAGCUACUCCAUGCAUUCCUUCUCCCUGUGGUAGCAACGCUGUCUGUCGGGAACAGAACGGAGCUGGUGCUUGCUCUUGUCUGCCAGAUUACAUCGGCAACCCUUACGAAGGAUGCAGACCAGAGUGUAUCGUCAACUCAGACUGUACAGCAGAUCGUACAUGCAUUAGAUCUAAAUGUCAGAAUCCAUGCCCUGGAACUUGUGGACAGAAUGCGAUUUGCCAGGUAGUAGACCAUCGACCAUCUUGUACAUGUCAGCCAGGAUACAGCGGUGAUCCAUUCAGAUUCUGCAGCGUUGUCCAAGAUCCUCCAGUACCAGAACUUACAAGACCAUGUUCACCAUCUCCAUGUGGUCCAAACAGCCAGUGUCGCGAGAACAACGGCCAGGCUAUCUGUUCCUGUUCUCCGACAUUCGUCGGAACACCACCAUAUUGUCGUCCUGAAUGCUCAGUUAGCUCAGAGUGUGCUUUGAAUCGUGCUUGCAUCAACAACAAGUGCGUGGAUCCGUGUCCCGGAAUUUGUGGAGUCAAUGCCAAGUGCAAUGUCAUCAAUCACAGUCCAUUCUGCAGCUGUAACGCUGGACUAACUGGCGAUCCAUUUGUCAGAUGCUUCGAAGCUUCAGUCGCUCCUGAAAGCAAACCAUCGACUAACCCAUGCGUUCCAUCGCCUUGUGGGCCAUUCUCAAUGUGUCGUGACGUCGGAGGUGUUCCUUCAUGUUCCUGCGAAGUUUCAUACAUCGGUUCGCCUCCAAACUGCCGACCAGAAUGUACGAUAAACUCGGAAUGUGUCAGCAAUCUGGCUUGUCUUCGAUUCAAAUGCACUGACCCAUGUCCUGGCUCUUGUGGAAUCAACGCUCAGUGCAGUGUGAUUAACCACACACCUAUUUGUACAUGUCCUGAAGGAUUCACGGGUGAUCCAUUCACCAGUUGUACUUUCAAACAACCAGUCCAAGACACCGUAGUGACUAAUCCAUGCGAUCCUUCACCUUGCGGAGCGAAUACUCGUUGCCGCGAUGGAGUUUGUACAUGUCUUCCAGAAUAUCAUGGAGAUCCCUACUACGGAUGUCGACCGGAGUGUGUCCAGAACCCUGAUUGUCCAUCAAACAAAGCUUGUAUCCGCAACAAAUGUGCUGAUCCUUGUCCAGGAGUAUGUGGUGCUAACGCUGAAUGCAACGUGGUCCAGCAUAUUCCAAUGUGCAGUUGUCCAGCUGGAACAACAGGAAAUGCUUUCGCUAAUUGUAUUACCGCCAUAGAACCAACAACUACUAAUCCUUGCGAUCCAUCGCCUUGUGGACCAAACAGUCGUUGUCAGCAGACAAAUGGCCAAGCUGUAUGUUCUUGUGUGUUAGGAUUCAUCGGUCAUCCACCGGCUUGCAGACCUGAAUGUGUUAGCAACAGUGAGUGUCCUUUGAACGAAGCUUGUGUCAAUCAAAAAUGUCGUGACCCGUGUCCUGGAUCUUGUGGAGUUUCAGCUCGAUGUCAAGUCGUCAAUCACAACCCGAUAUGCAGCUGUCCAUCUUCAUUUACUGGAGAUCCGUUCAUUAGAUGCAUACCAGUCCAAGAAAGACCUCCAGAGACCCAGAAUCCUUGCCAACCGUCUCCUUGUGGAGCUAACGCUCAGUGUCAAGUUAUCAACGACUCACCUUCUUGCUCUUGCUUACCAGAAUUCCUUGGGGCACCUCCAAAUUGCCGUCCAGAGUGUGCUAGCAACGGCGAAUGCGCCAGUCAUCUAGCGUGCAUCAACAGAAAGUGUCAAGACCCUUGUCGCGGAUCUUGUGGUCAGAAUGCUGAAUGCUUUGUCAUCAAUCACACUCCAACUUGCAGUUGUAUGAAUGGAUUCACUGGAGAUCCAUUUGCUCAAUGCAACGUGAUGCCGCCUCAGCAAAUAGAACCAUCUCGCAAUCCUUGCGUACCAUCACCUUGCGGGUCUAAUGCCGUUUGCCGAGAACAAAACGGUGCUGGAGCUUGUAGUUGCAUCCAGGAUUACAUCGGCAACCCGUAUCAAGGUUGCAGACCUGAAUGUACUGUCAACACAGACUGUCCAGCAAACUUAGCAUGUAUCAGAUCUAAAUGUCAAGAUCCAUGUCCAGGAACUUGUGGUCAGAACGCCAACUGUCAAGUAGUCUCGCAUUUGCCUUCUUGUACUUGCAAUCCAGGAUUCACUGGCAAUCCGUUCAGUUACUGCAACCAAUUGCCGCCAGAAAUAGGUCCAAGCAACGAUGAUCCGUGCAGUCCUUCACCAUGUGGACCCAACAGCCGCUGUCAGACCAACAACGGCCAGGCUAUGUGCUCUUGCGAAGCUCAGUUCAUUGGAAGUCCACCGAACUGUCGACCUGAGUGUACCAUCAGCACUGAAUGUGCAGCUAGUCUUGCGUGUAUAAAUCAAAAGUGUAGGGACCCUUGUGCUGGGACCUGCGGUAUAAAUGCUCAAUGUAGAGUAAUUAAUCAUAGUCCUAUUUGUAGCUGCCAACCUGGAACCACUGGCGAUCCGUUCUUCCAGUGCUUCCAGAUGACUGUUUCUGACACUCAGCCAACAGACCCGUGCAAUCCGUCGCCUUGUGGACCAAAUUCACUAUGCAGAGUGAUUGGCGACAGCCCGUCCUGUGCUUGCUUGAAUAACUUCAUCGGAUCACCACCAAACUGCAGACCAGAGUGUUCUAUCAACCCAGACUGCACAAGCGACAAGGCUUGCAUGCGAGAAAAGUGCAGAGAUCCUUGUCCAGGAUCUUGCGGACUCUCCGCUCAGUGUUCAGUUGUCAAUCACACACCAGUAUGCACGUGUCCCGAAGGUUUUACCGGAGAUCCAUUCACCAGAUGUUCUCCAGCACCACCACCAGCUCCUGCGGUACCAGAAGAUCCAUGCAAUCCUUCGCCGUGUGGUUCUAACGCUCAGUGUCGCAACGGACAAUGUUCCUGUCUUCCAGAGUACCAGGGUGACCCCUACGUCGGCUGUCGACCGGAAUGUGUUGUCAACGAAGACUGCUCUCGGUCUCAAGCUUGCAUUAACCAGAAGUGUCGUGACCCUUGUGCUGGAGUCUGUGGAGUUAACGCAGAGUGUAACGUCGUCAACCACCUGCCGAUGUGCAGCUGCCCAGUUCGCAUGUCUGGAAACGCUUUUAUCCAAUGCUCAGCAAUCGAAGACACACCAACUCAAGAUCCCUGCUAUCCUUCACCUUGUGGACCCAACAGUCACUGCCAAACCGUCAACAACCUUGCAGUAUGCACCUGCGUACCAGGAUUCCUUGGAACGCCUCCUUCCUGCCGACCUGAGUGUGUCGUCAGCGCAGACUGUCCUCGCAACCGUGCUUGUAACAAUCAGAAGUGCAUUGAUCCUUGUCCUGGAACCUGUGGACUCAGUGCAGAGUGUCUGGUCAUCAAUCACAACCCAGUUUGCAGCUGUCCUAAUGGAUUCACUGGAGAUCCGUUUGUCCGUUGCUCGCAGACGCCCAAAGAUCCUCAACCUUCGGUAGAUCCUUGUCAGCCAUCACCUUGCGGACCCAACGCUCAAUGUCGCGUUAUAAACAACAGUCCUUCCUGCUCUUGCAACCAAGAAUUCAUCGGUAGCCCUCCAAACUGCAGGCCUGAGUGUAUCAGCAACAGCGAAUGUUCUUCGCAUCUGGCGUGUAUUAAUCAAAAAUGUAAAGACCCUUGCCCAGGAUCUUGUGGAUCUAACACCAAUUGCGCAACAGUUAGUCACACUCCCAUGUGCUCAUGUGUCCCCGGAUUCACCGGAGAUCCAUUUUCUCAAUGUAACUCCAUUCCUGCAACUACUUUGCCUCCAACUCAACAAAACCCCUGUGUGCCAUCACCCUGCGGUGCAAAUGCAAUUUGCCGUGAGAAUUAUAACACAGCAUCCUGCUCCUGUGCCCCAGACUUCUUUGGAAAUCCCUACGAAGGCUGUAGACCCGAAUGUGUCGUCGACAGCGACUGUUCCGCAGACCGCGCUUGCGUUAGAUCUAAGUGUACCAACCCGUGUCCUGGUACUUGUGGCCAAAACGCCAUGUGCCAGGUCAUAAACCAUCUACCAACCUGCUCAUGCCUAAACGGAUACAUUGGUGACCCAUUCCAGUACUGCCGACUAGCAGAACAAACUCCAACAGAAGCCUCAGACCCCUGCAACCCUUCACCUUGUGGACCCAACAGCCAAUGCAGAAACCUCAAUAACUUUGCUAGAUGUUCAUGUCUUCCCAAUUACGUCGGAAGCCCACCUGGAUGCCGUCCUGAAUGCGUUUCUAGCACCGAGUGCUCGUCAAGUCUCGCGUGCAUCAACCAGAAAUGCAGCGAUCCUUGUCCAGGCGUUUGUGGUGUUGAUGCCAGAUGUGAAACAAGGAACCACAGCCCUAUCUGCAGUUGCAGACCUGGUCAAACCGGUGAUCCUUUCGUUAAAUGCUUUAAUAUUCCACAAUUCACAGAACCAAGUAGACCAAUAAGCCCGUGCGUCCCAUCACCUUGUGGCCCAUUCUCAAUGUGCCAAGACAAUGGAGGUUACCCAGCUUGCUCAUGUCUCCAGAACUACAUCGGUUCCCCGCCAAAUUGUCGACCAGAGUGCUCGAUAAAUACCGACUGUAACCGAGACCAAGCUUGUAUUAGAGAAAAGUGCCAAGAUCCUUGUCCUGGAUCUUGUGGUGCUCGCGCGCAAUGUUCUGUUGUUAACCACACACCAAUUUGCACCUGUCCAGUAAGUUACACUGGAGAUCCAUUCACCAGUUGUAACGUACAGCAAUCACCACCGGAACCACCAGCUCCUAACGACCCAUGCGACCCUUCACCUUGUGGUGCUAACAGUCUUUGCCGAAAUGGUGUAUGCACUUGUCUACCUCAGUACCACGGAGAUCCCUACUUUGGUUGCCGACCUGAGUGCGUGCAAAACUCAGACUGUCAGUUCAACAAAGCAUGUAGUAAUAAUAAGUGCGUUGAUCCUUGUCCUGGAAUCUGCGGUCGUAAUGCAGAAUGCAAUGUCGUUAAUCACAUCCCAAUGUGUAGUUGUCUCGCCAAUUACGAAGGCGAUCCUUUCAGCCUUUGCCAACCUGUUCAACGACCAACGAGUAAUCCAUGCGAACCUUCACCGUGUGGCCCUAAUAGUGUCUGUAAGCGUUUCGGAGAUCAAGUAUCAUGCUCAUGCCUUCCCGGAUUCUUUGGCAACCCUCCAAGUUGUCGGCCCGAGUGCGUUGUAAGCUCCGACUGCGAACAAAGUCGCGCUUGCAUCAACCAACGCUGCCAAGACCCUUGCCCAGGAUCCUGCGGGCAAAGUGCCCUCUGCGUCACCAGAAACCACAACCCUAUCUGCAGUUGUCCGCAGAGAUACUCUGGAGAUCCAUUCGUCCACUGUUCUCUUAUGAAAGAACCCGUUGAACCAGAGAGCAACCCGUGCAGCCCCUCGCCCUGCGGAUCCAACGCCCAGUGCACUGUUUCUAAGAACUCGCCCUCCUGCAGUUGCCUACCCAAUUUCGUUGGCUCGCCACCAAACUGCCGUCCUGAAUGCCGGGUCAACAGUGAAUGCCCUACCCAGUUAGCCUGCAUCAACCAGAGAUGCAGAGACCCUUGUCCUGGCUCCUGUGGCAUCAAUGCCCUCUGCCAGGUUGCUAGACAUCAACCCUCUUGCACUUGUCAGCAAGGAUUCACUGGUGAUCCUUUCACCCUAUGCUCAUUGAUUACCACUCAACCAGAUCCACCAGUACCAGCCAGACCUUGCAAUCCAUCACCAUGCGGAGCGAACGCGUACUGCCGGGAGCGUUACAACACAGCGGUCUGCGAAUGCUGGCCAGACUACCGAGGAAAUCCCUACGAAGCUUGUCAUCCAGAGUGUUUGGUCAACACAGACUGUUCCAACGCCCUUGCUUGCAUAAGAACCAAGUGUCAGGAUCCUUGUCCAGGAACUUGCGGCGUAGGAGCUGUUUGCACGGUCUCCAAUCACGUACCAGUCUGCUCGUGUCCUCUUCCAACAGUAGGUGACGCGUUCACACUCUGUCAAACUCCACCAACGAACAAAGUAUCAGACCCAUGCAACCCGUCGCCCUGCGGACCAAACACCAUCUGUGAGAACGUCGGGCAACGUGUAAUCUGCAAAUGUCUCCCGGGAUUGCAAGGCGAACCUUCGAGCUUAGCAGGUUGUCAUCCAGAGUGUGUAUUAAGCUCAGACUGUUCCGGAGACAAAGCUUGCGAGAACAACAGGUGCGUUGAUCCAUGCGCUCGUGGAGUCUGCGGAGCUGGAGCUGUCUGUCGUGCCAUCAACCAUAGUCCAGUUUGCAGCUGUCCUGUUCCGUUGAUGGGCAAUCCGUUCGUCGAGUGUUUCGCUAAAGAAGAACCAGACCCAUGCAACCCGUCGCCUUGCAACAUCAACGGGGAAUGUAGGGUUCGUAACAACAUCGCUUUUUGCGUAUACCCGGAAUGUGUCAUCAACUCAGACUGUCCACGCGACCGCGCUUGUUUCUCUAUGAGAUGUCGCGAUCCUUGCGUAGGUGUUUGUGGAGUCAACUCACUCUGCCAGACCAUCAACCACAACCCAAUCUGCUCUUGUCCUGCUGGAUUCACAGGUGACCCGCAGAUCCAGUGCAAGGUUACGGCAAUUGAAGUGCCAAAACCUGAAUGUACAAGAAACUCCGAGUGUACCAACGAUAAGACUUGCUGGGAACAAAGAUGCGUAGAUCCAUGUUUGCUAGGAUCUUGUGGAUACAACAGCAGAUGCCAAGUGCUGCUCCAUCGCGCCGUUUGCGUCUGCAAUGAAGGAACCACCGGAAACCCUCAACAAUUCUGCAGAGAAAUUGGCUGUCGCAGUGACCAUGAUUGUCCAGUAAGUCAAUCCUGCGUCAAUGAUCAGUGUACUGACACCUGCUCGUUGAUGCAAUGUGGGACAAAUGCAAUUUGCCGUUCUGAUAGAUACCACAAGCCUCAAUGCGUUUGCCUGGACGGUUAUAAAGGAGAUCCAAACCGUCAUUGCGAGCGUACCGAGUGUCUACAAGACCCAGACUGCCCGAACUUCUUGGCGUGUAACAACAGCAAAUGCACGGACCCUUGUUCUGGAUUCUGCCCAGCAAGUGCGCAGUGUCAAGUGAUCAACCACCGACCAGUGUGUCGCUGUCCUCCAGGAUUUAUUGGAGAUGCCCAAAGAAACUGUCAAAGAGAUCCAGUGGAACUGCCAGAGUGUACGACUGACGCCGACUGUCCAAGCAAGCUCGCCUGCUUCAGCGGCUCCUGCAAGGAUCCUUGCAGAGAAACGCAGCCUUGUGUCACCAAUGCCAAGUGUACGGUCGUCGACACUUUGCCAGUCAGAACGAUGAUUUGCGAAUGCGCUCCUAACUUCAUCGGCGACGCUACCGUCGCUUGCGCACCAGUAGCUCAUCAAGUCGAGGAGAUCUGUCGGUCCAACAGCGAGUGCAACUCAAUCAUGGCGUGCAUCAACAGCCAUUGCGUUAAUCCUUGCACCAUCAAUCCUUGCUCGAAAUCUGCUGAAUGCCGUGUGGACAACCAUCAACAUAUCUGCGUCUGCCCUGCUGGAACCACCGGAGAUCCUUUCGUAGGCUGCCACAGCCACACUCUAACACUUCCUGAGUGUACCAGCAAUUCUGAUUGUUCCUACAAUCUUGCUUGCAUCAACCAACAAUGCCAGAACCCUUGCUCUGGCGAUAGGUGUGGGCUCAACGCUGACUGCAUAGCGAUAGGACAUCAUCCAACUUGUCACUGUCCUCAAGGUUACGCCGGAGACCCGCAGAACCAGUGCUUCCUUCCUGAAUGUCGGGUAGACAACGACUGUCCUUACGACAAGACCUGUAAGAAGGGCUUCUGUACCAACCCGUGUAAUGGCGACGUCAUGUGUGGUCGAGGAGCCGAGUGCACUGUCGCUGACCACCGAGCGCACUGCACUUGUCCUCAAGGAACUCAAGGAGACGCGCGUAUCGCAUGUAUAUCCGCGAUCUGUCACUAUAACGAAGACUGUCCUGAUGACCAGACUUGUGACAGGUUGAACAGAGUCUGCAGACCCGCUUGUGACGACGAAACCUGCGCAGAAACAGCCACCUGCAUUGCCAGGAACCAUCAACCCAAGUGCGUCUGCGCACCGGGUACCACUGGCAAUCCUUACGUCGAAUGCAUCACCGAGCAUCAAUCAGAGUGUCGUGCUGACUCAGAGUGUCCUCCAUUGCUAGCUUGCAUAAACACGCGUUGUCAAGAUCCUUGCGUGCUUUCAGAUAUGUGCACUUCAGAACAGCAAUGUCGCGUGCUGAACACAGCUCCGCUCAGAACUAUGAUCUGCGUUUGUCCACCGGACACUUACACCGACGCAAACGGAAAGUGUCAGAAGAUUGUCUGGAAGGACGUCCAAUGUCAUGUGGACGAGGAAUGCAGCAACCAUGAAGUCUGCUUACAUGGAAACUGCGUGGAAGCUUGCUUGACAACUCGCUGUGGAAUCAACGCGCAAUGCAAAUCUACGUCGCACAGCGGAGUUUGUGUCUGCGCUGCUGACUUCACCGGCAAUCCUUACAUUGAGUGUUCUUCUAAACCAAGAAAUCCUCUGCCUCCACCACUACCAGAGUGUUACAGCAACAGCGAGUGCGCCAAUGACCGACAAUGCAUCAACCUCAAGUGCGUGAAUCCUUGCGUGGCUGGUGAUCCUUGUGGCAGGAACUCUCUUUGCCAUGUCGACGAUCACAACCCGAUUUGCAAGUGUCCUAUCAACUACAUGGGAGAUCCAAGAAUAGAAUGCAUUCCACCAGCAAUAAUCCUAGGAUGUCUUUCCAACGGUGAGUGCGCAGGUACAGAAGCUUGCGUCAACGGACGGUGCAUCAAUCCUUGCAACUGCGGACCCAACUCCAACUGCGUCGUCGCAAAUCACUACCCAUCAUGCGUUUGUCAUCCAGGAUACUCUGGCAAUCCCCAGCUGGGAUGCACGAAAUUGGAGUGUGAAACAGACAAAGAUUGUCCUUAUGAAGAAGCGUGCCACACUGGAAGAUGCGUGAACCCUUGUCUCUUGGAAAAUGAGUGCGUCAUCAACGCGGAGUGCUACGGAAAGAACCACCGCAGUGCUUGUCGUUGCGGUCCAGGUUACUUCGGGAACCCAGAAGUGCUUUGCGAGCGCGCUGAGUGCACUAGUAACCAUGAGUGCCCUCAGAAUCUCGUCUGCGAGAACAAACGCUGCGUAGAUCCUUGCGUCGAUCGUUCUCCCUGCGCUUCCAAUGCCAUCUGCUUUGUUAGAACACACACGCCAUCUUGCAGAUGUCCCGAAAGUUUCCCAGUUGGUGAUCCGUUCUCCUACUGUGAAAGACGUCUACCAGUAGGCGUUGAGGAACCAGAGUGUCGCAAGGACGUCGACUGUCCCAGCAAGCUCGCUUGCAUCAAAGAAACCUGCGUAAACCCUUGCCAUGUCAUCAGACCUUGCCUCGAAAACGCCAGGUGCGGAGUCUUGGACACUGUUCCGGUUAGAACCAUGGUUUGCACUUGUCCAGACGGGUGGGUAACAGACCCGGACGGAGUUUGCCGACAAAUACCAAUCACGCUCGUCGGCGCUUGUUCAUCUGACUCCGAGUGCGCUGACCAGGAAGCCUGCGUCAAUCGCAGGUGCAGAGACCCCUGCAACUGCGGUCGCAACGCCAACUGCUUUGUUCGCAAUCACAAACCAAUCUGCUCUUGCGAACAAGGCUACCAGGGUAACCCAGAGGUCGCUUGCUACUCAGUGGAGUGUCAAACUGACUCUGAGUGCAUGCCAGACAAGUCUUGCAUCAACAACAACUGCGUUAAUCCUUGUCUGUUCUCUUCUGAAAAUUGCGGAGUUAAUGCCGAGUGCUUCCCUAACAACCACAUCGCAGAGUGUCGUUGCCGUGAUGGCUACAUAGGAAAUCCAAGAGACAAGUGCCAUGUAAUUGGCUGCUACAGCAAUGGAGAUUGUCCAAGUGACCUGGCGUGUGUCAACAAACAAUGUACUGACCCGUGUCUCCACGCCAAUCCUUGCUCAACCCGCGCAGAGUGUCACGUCAGAGGACACCUACCAACUUGUAGGUGUCCUUCCGGCUACGAGGGCAAUCCUCUGGUAGAUUGUCGCCCAGAAAUCGAACCUGAGUGCCGAGUCGACGGAGAUUGUCCUUCACUAUCAGCGUGCUUCAACCAGAAAUGCCAGAACCCUUGCUCAGUAAUCGAACCAUGUCUCAGUCCAUCAGAGUGCCGAGUCCUUGCAACUUUACCUGUCAGGACCAUGGUUUGCGUUUGUCCUCCCGGAUACAUCAGCAGCGGAAGCGGAACUUGUCAACCCACAACACCAAUCGUCCAAAUCGGCUGCACCAGAGACAGCGAGUGCGCUUCUAACAAAGCUUGCGUAAACGCAAUCUGCAAAGACCCUUGCGCUUGUGGCAGUAACGCCAUCUGCAACGUCAUCGACCACAAGCCAAUCUGCUCCUGCAUCACCGGCUACGACGGCAACCCUGACGUCGACUGCGUUCCUAUCAUUGGGUGUCGCUCAGACAGCCAGUGCGCUGGAACCCACACUUGCGUCCAGAACACCUGCGUUCCAGCUUGCUCUCCUCUGCUGUCAGUCUGCGCUAAAGGCGCUGAGUGCUACGGCAUCGACCACCAAGCCGUCUGCGAGUGUCCUCCAGGCUACGCAGGAAAUCCCCGCGUAGCUUGCAGCCUCCUCGGUUGCCGAAGCAACUCAGACUGUCCCACCAACAAAGCUUGCAUCAACAACCGCUGCGAGAACCCUUGCACCAAGAAUCCCUGCGCUGAGGAAACUCAAUGCAGCGUUUACAACCACGUCGUUGAGUGUUCCUGUCCUCCAGGAUACGCGGGAAGUGUUGAAGGAGGCUGUUAUAAGAUCAACGUCCAAUGUAAGCAGGAUGAUGAGUGUCCUUCCCAAACUGCCUGCUUCGACGGAGAAUGCAUCAACCCUUGCACCAAGAUAGAACCCUGCGGAGUCAACGCAGAGUGUACUGUCCUGGACACCAAACCUGUUAGAACAAUGAUCUGCGAGUGCGUUCCAGGGUACAGAGGCAAUGCAGUAGUGCGUUGCGACCCUACGCGUGUUUGCGCUGUAGAGAAGGGUCAGAUCAAGGACCUGGAUGGCAAUUGUGUCUGCCCACCUGGCACUGCCAAGAACGUCCAAGAUAUUUGCGCUCCUUGUCUUACGGAUCAAGGCUACAAGAUCACUCCUGAUGGAAGGUGCGAGUGCGCGCUGGAGCGCGGGUUCAUUGUUGAUGAUCAUGGAAACUGUAUCUGCUCUACGGAACAUGGAUGGCGGCUUGACCAUGAUGGUAACUGCUCUCCGAUAGUCCAGUGCUUGAUUGAUGAUGACUGUGCUGAUAACAGGUACUGCAACAAGAUCUCCAAGACCUGUGAUGAUCCUUGUCAGCCGUUCAACUGCACCCAGAACGCAACUUGCACUGCGGUAAGACACCGCAGCGUUUGCACCUGCAUCAAGGGCUACACCGGGAAUGGUUACACACUCUGCGAGCCUCCCAAGACUAAUUUCAGGACUGAUUUCCCGCAACCUGACAUGGACGCUCAGUGUCUUUCAGACGGAGUCCAGGUUCAGAUUCGGGUUCAGUCGGAAGGCUUCGAAGGUGUGUUGUACGUCAGAGGUCGCAGCAAAGAAGAGCAGUGCAGGAAGAUCUUGUCCAUACCCAAGCAUGACAACACCCAGAUGGAGACCUUCAAGGUCAAGUUUGGAAACUGCGGGCUGGUUCAUGUUAAUGGUGAAGCCAGCUUCGUGCUUGUCAUCCAGAAACAUCCUAAGCUGGUGACCUACAAGGCUCAGGCUUACCAUGUUAAGUGUAUCUACCAGACUGGAGAACAGAAUGUUACUUUAGGGUUCAAUGUCUCCAUGCUUACUACUGCUGGAACCAUCGCUAAUACCGGGCCACCUCCGACUUGUCUUAUGAAGAUUGUUACUCAACAUGGCAGCGAGAUCCAGUCCGCUGAAAUUGGGGAUAAUCUUAUGCUGUCGGUUGAAGUUCAGCCUUCGUCGAUCUAUGGCGGGUUUGCAAGAAACUGCGUCGCGAAGACUAUGGAAGACAAUCAGGAGAAUGAAUAUAUUGUCACGGAUGAAAAUGGCUGCGCUACUGAUCCUACGAUAUUUGGAGAGUGGGAACAGGACCAUGAGAGUCAGACUCUUAUGGCCAGCUUCAAUGCUUUCAAAUUCCCGAGCAGUGAUAACAUCAGAUUCCAAUGUAACAUUAGAGUCUGCUUCGGUAGAUGUCAGCCUGUUAACUGUCGAGGAUACAAUGCGUUUGGACGUAAGAAACGUGAAAUUGGUAAUGAUUAUAACGACACAGCUUUGUCUGUUACUGAAGGCUUUGAUGGCCAACUCAGGGAAGAAAUUACGAUAGAAUCCAAUCUGAUACGUACUGUUGAAAGGCGAGAGGAGAGAUAUACUGCUGAUCCUGCUGAAUUCCCAGCAGCCCAGCGAGCUGAAGAUAUUUGUGUAUCAACGACGGGCUUCAUAGUGUCCCUAGUAAUAACAGCACUACUUGCUCUAGUAGCCGUGGCCAUAGCCGUAUCCUGCUGGCUGAUGGCCUACAGACGUCAGCCAAAGACUGCCGGUCCACUGCCACAUCCUCCGGAAUUUCCUAAUCCACUUUUUACAACGGAAUCCGUUGCUGAACCCUCGCCUGACUAUCAUCUUUCAUAA